UGUCACAGUAUUUUCAGUGGCUUCCUUCAAACCUUGACGCCGAAGCGAGCGUGAAUACAUUCGUUCUAGAAUAGUUCUAAGUUCUCGCAUAAAGCCGAGCGAACCACUACAUAGAUAAUGGCAACUGAAAGUCAAACUCACAGCAUACCUGUGUGGUCUCGUUAUCAUCCUCAAAUUCCACAGAGGUAUGUUCCACAAUGGACACAGGAUAUGCAGCACAGAAAUCUUAUUCUGGAAAAUUGUAAGCUGGCAAAUUAUCCAUAUGGUCCUCAUGACACAAGUAUUUAUUUGAUUCAUAGAGAGCGUUUGAAUAAUGUGGAACCUCAAAAGAUGGUGAAUAGUAAAUCAAUCAGAGUACCACGUGAGCGGUUACUUAGACCUUGGUUCCAUUCCCCUCUCUCCCGCUACCAGAGCAGCUUGAUGUCAAGGAAAACUUGAUAUAUUCAUGGUUUGUCACAUGGAUGGUUUAUAUUGUUCACUUUGUGUGUUGUGAUCAUUCUACAUACCAGUAAUACAAAGAUGAAGUAGUUGUUACAGUACCUAUGAGAUGAAAAAAUGUUUUUAUCUCCUCAUACAAUUUGGACAUCAUUUUUGACUAAAAUGCAUCAUUUGGACUAUUGUACUAACAUGUAGAAAAUUUGUGGUUUUUUUUUCAUUUUUUUUCAUUUUGGCAAAUAUUCUUCAUUUCAAAUCAUUGCUAUUACUUGAUUCAUUAAUAUUGAUAGGACUAGAGCUAUUGUUUAUCUAGCCUGCUGGCAACUCCUUAUUAUCAGUUCUUCUGCAGAAGCAUUUCUUCAUAAACAUGAGGCCUAAAGCAACUGGAGCCUGCAAGAGGUCUGUAAGGGUUUUGCACUCAUCAUUAGUGCCAGACCCUCAGUAAACCUCUCCCUAACUUUGGCAACUGGUCACAAAUCUUCCCACUGGUGGCAAAACUAAUGCCCUGCAGUGCUGAUAAUUAGGGUCUGCUCACAGUCUAGUAUCCUUGGUGCACUUUAGCAUGAGUAAAUCAGGAAUCAAGUGAGAACACAGAUGGCAUUCUUCCACCUCAUAAGCACUUUUAGUGCAUGCUAAAACUUUCUAUCACCCAACUUUUGGCCAAUCAAUUCAAACAACACAACGAGAGAUACCAAAGCACUGUACAUAUCAUAUGAUUAUAACACUACUGGUUUUCCUCUUGAUGCAGAAGGUAAAUUUAGACUUGAGCAUAAGAGAUUUACAUUGAACAUUAAUUUAAGUACUUCUUGAAAAAGUGGUGUUUUAUUAGGCUUUAGGGAGGUAUGUGAAUUUUGUGGAGUCACUAACACUACACAUGCAUGAAUGAUCAAGUAGUUAAUUCUCUCAUCUAGAUGACCACCUAUCUCUUCAACAAUUUAUGCAGGAAGAAACCCAAAUAGUUUAUGUGUUCUGAAAACUGUAAUUGUCAAUGAGCUCAAGUGGACCAGUUCUUAACCCAUGAUCUGAUUGUAAAUUCUCCCCUCUAGCUGCUAAACAUUUCCAUGCAAAUUAGUCAGAAGAAUUUGGUUACAGAUCAAGAUAACAACUUGUACCUGACAAGUUUGAGUAAAAUUAUUACCUGUUUGCGGGAUAAUGAAUUGAUAUCCUAGGGAGAGGUUAUGUGUUAGUCACUUCUGGAUAUCAAAGGGUUAAUUGGCCCAAGUUGCCAUUUAAAACCAGUUCAUGUAAGGAAACUUAGACCAAGUUAUACAUGAGAAGGUUUUAUAAGCAGUACUUGUGUACUGAUCAUGUUAUCGUAAGCUCUUUGUAAAAUUGGUUCAAACAUUCUUACACUGCUUUUGUAAAUUUUUUUAUUGAAAAAGAGGAACUUGUUGAGAUUUUAAAGCUUGGAAUGAUACGAAAAAGUUGUAGAAACGGUUUUGCUUACUUAUAGCACCAUGUAUCAAGGAUUUAGCAAUAAAAUAUCUGAAACUGAA